UCCAGGCAAGCUUCAUGGGGGUGAAAAAACCCGAGAGAGGAGACGAAUAACGGUACACUCCAAUAUUUAUGGAGCCGAUCCCCGCAUUUAACCGCACCACAUCGGCGUCUCCUCCUGUGAUGCAUGCAUGAAUAAAUGUGUUUGGAAACGGACGCGGUGAACGGCGUGUUGGGGCUGACGAAAACAAGCGGUCCACCAUUGUCUGCGUAGAAAUAAGAAUGGCCUGGAUGUGUAAGAGGAAGUCGUUGAUCGCCACCAGUCUGAUCGUGGCGGUGUCGCUCUUUGUGGUCGUGGUAUACUACGCGGAGAAGCCCUACUUCCUGCUGCAGCCAGUGUUCGGUCAGACGAUCAGUAGCCACCAGAUGUUCUCCAAACAGCCUUAUAAGGCCUUCAAGCCUCACCCAGGCUAUGUUAGCAUUUCCAAACAGGAGCAUCUGAAGCUGCACUGUGAGCUCUGCAGCAUCGUGUCCAGCUCUGGCCAGAUGUUGGGUCAGGCUGCUGGCCCGCAAAUCGACCGCUCUCACUGCAUCUGGCGGAUGAACAACGCGCCCACAAAGGGCUUCGAACGUGACGUGGGCCAGCGGACGACGCUGAGAGUUGUCUCGCACACCAGCGUCCCCCUACUGCUGCAGAACGCCAAGUACUUCUUUGGCCAGGGUAAUGACACUGUGUACGUUGUGUGGGGGCCUCUACGAAACAUGAGGAAGGAUGGGAAUGGCAUUGUGUACAACAUGCUGCAAAAGGCGGCUGAGAACUACCCUCAUGCACGCAUCUAUGUCACCACAGAGGACAGGAUGAAAUACUGCGACAUGGUCUUCAAGAAUGAGACGGGUAAAGAUAGGAUCCAGUCCGGCUCCUACCUCAGCACCGGCUGGUUCACGCUCAUCCUCGCCAUGGACAUGUGCAAAGAGAUCCAUAUCUACGGGAUGAUAAAUGACACCUAUUGCAAGACGGAGGGUUACAGAAAGGUUCCCUAUCACUACUACGAGGCGGGCACCCGGGACGAGUGUGCAGAGUAUCUGCUCCAUGAGAGCGCCCCCUACGGUGGGCACCGCUUCAUCACCGAAAAGUCUGUGUUCACCAAGUGGGCCAAAACACAUGCCAUCAAGUUCUUCAACCCACUUUGGCAGCUGUCGUGACCCUGGCUGAACCGACAUGGAAAUACUACACCAUCAUCGUCAUUAUCAUCAUUGUCGUCAUCUGGGGACCAGCUGGGCCUCUACACUGACCGAAAGUGUGUUCCCUGAUGUGCACAAACAUCAUUCUUGGCACAAAUUCCACUUCAUAUCCAUUUUAAAAAUGUUGGUUGAUGGCUGCUUGUCAAGUCCUGGAUGGCUAAUAUCCAGGAAGUGCUGGUUGUUGUUUUUUUGAAGGCCACUCAAUCAGACAGACUGCCGGUCAAUCCUGGACAGCAAAAACAUAUCUCUUGCUUCUUAAGUCUUUUUCCUCUGAAUUUGAAAGCUGAAGAAAGUGCACAGCACGCCGCUCUUUAUUGACUAAUCGAUCCAUUCGCUGCUCUGUGAGUUUAGCAAAGGAUGGCUCGUAGACUAAUUUAAAAAAAAAAAGAAAAAAAGAUUAGAAAACAACAGGAAGAAGUGACAACCAUCUGUUCACUUUCUGUGACCUCAGCAGCUCACAUGUCUGCAGGCCUGCUGCGUUAAAGUGUUUUUCAGGACUGUAGAGCUCAGCUGCUGUCAAGACGGGUCACGUUGCCAUGGAUGCUUGACGAGCUCGCCUACUCUGUUUCCUCUGCGCGUCUGUCUUCUUCUGUCAGGCUGUAAUUAAUCUAUAACAAGUAUCAUUCAGGCCUUUGUCUCUCACUGAGGGAUCAUUGAAGGCAAUUUUCAAUUUACUCUGCAGCAUCUAAAAAAGCUUCAACAAACGGAUUUCAGUCAAACUCCAAGGUGAACCACAGUUGUACAUGUAAAUCAGUUUUUUUUAUAUCAUUAUACUUGGUUGUUAAGCUGUGUGUAAACUCAGACAGCUUAAAGAUGUCAGCUUUUUAUUUUUAUUUUAUAAUGCUGUGAAAUCUUUUGGCUUGAUGUUGGUAGAGGUUGCUAAUUUAUUCUGCAGAGACAAGUUGCUAACACUCUUUAACAGUGUGCUAUUGACAAUGUGGGCAUCACAGCACAUAGAGCAAUGUGCAAUAAGAAACUCCAUACUUGCGGAAGGAGUUAAAUCAUCUGUGGCCCCGCAGAGGGAGAGAUUUAUGUGUGCAGUGAAACCAUUUGAAGUUAAUUGUAUUCUAUUAUCAUUUUGUGCCUGCAAUAUACUCUGCAGUUCAUUGUAUAGAGACAGAGGAAGAGGCUCUCUCUCUCGCUCGCUCAUAUUCUCAUCCAGCUUUGUGCCUCUUUGUGUACAGUAUCACUGUGUGAACACAUAUUCCCAUUUGUCUUUGAACGCAGUGUGCAUGUCUCCUGGUUCAGGUCAUUACAUUUGAAUGCAUCUGAUUCAGGACAGUGAAGAAUAAUCAGUGGCGUGCUGAGGUGUGUAGGUUGGCCGGUAGCUGUGGAGAGCUGAGACACUGACUGUGACCGUGACUCCAAACCCCCACCGCCCCCCACCCCCCCACCCCCUUGAGGCUGUGAUUAGUGUCCCGGUCAGAGCCGCUGCCCAGAGGGGAGGACUGGAAGGAUUCAAAGUCUUCUAAUUUAGGCGACUUGAUGCACAGGGUCCCUGACGACUGUAAUAUACUGCAGCAGAGCUUCACAAUCUCACUCCUACUGCACUGUUUACUAGCACACAUAGGCACUCCAUUUUGGACUCUUUCUCAGUAAGCAUUGGUUUGGUGAUUUACAGGUCAAAAGACAUGUAGGUUUAAACUUGCGGGUUUUUGGAAAUUAUUGUAUGUAACCGAGACAUCUAUAAAAACUACCCCCCUUUCCACUGCUCAAACGUUUUCAGGACCCCAGGAACAUUUUUAAGAAAUCUUCCUGCAGGAAACAGGGUCUAAAUUCAGUUCCUUGCCCCCAAAAAGUUCCCACUCUGUGUGU